CUCUCCUGUGCUCCUGGUCCUGCCUGAGCUUCUUAUCAGCUUUCAUCAGACCCCUCUCCCUCCCUUAUUUUUCCGGCCAUGGCCGCCACUCUUAUCAUAAAACCACCACCAUUCUCCACCGUUACUCCACCACACACCUCCACUCUCCGGCCAUGGACCCCAUUCUUCACAACCCACAAACCCCUCUUUCCAUCACACAACUUCUCAUCACUAACCGUUUCCAGCGCCAUCGCAACCGGCCCAGACCGCAUUACCCGGUUCGACGGCCAAGAAUCCGAAGCCACCGACCUCAUUUCAUCAUUCAAUGAAAAAAUCAUCAAAGAACAGUUCACCAAACGCAAUUCUGGUCGGUACAGUCAGCAACCAGAACCCGAACCAAAUUCGGCUUCUGUUACUGAUGAAGAAGUUGAUAAAUACAUUCAGUUAGUGAAACAGCAACAGCAGAGAGGACUUAGGGAGUUAAAAAGAGGCCGUUUACGUGCCGCGGGUGGGUCGGGUUUAGAAAAUAAUAGUGAAGGGGGUUUUAGUUAUAAAGUUGACCCAUUUAGUUUAGAAGAAGGUGAUUAUGUAGUUCAUAAGAAAGUUGGUAUUGGUAGAUUUAUAUCUAUUAGGCCUAGUAUUCCUGAAGGCUCUACUGUUCCUAUUGAUUAUGUUUAUAUUCAGUAUGCUGAUGGUGUUGCUAAAUUGCCCGUUAAACAGGCCUCCAAGUUUCUAUAUCGAUAUAAUUUGCCGAAUGAAAGUGGAGCGCCGCGAGGAUUGGGGAGAUUGAAGGAUACAAGUGUUUGGGAGAAGAGGAAAGUUAAAGGGAAGGUUGCUAUUCAGAGAAUGGUUGUUGAUUUGAUGGAGGUUUAUUUAAAUAGGUUAAGAUUGAGAAGACCUCCGCAUCCUAAGAAUCCUGCGAUGGCUGAAUUUGCUGCUCAAUUUCCAUAUGAACCUACCCCUGAUCAGAAACAGGCUUUUAUCGAUGUUGAGAAAGAUUUGACAGAGAGAGAAACUCCGAUGGACAGAUUGAUUUGUGGAGAUGUAGGAUUUGGGAAGACGGAAGUUGCUCAACGUGCCCUCUUUUGUGUGGUUUCAUCUGGGAAGCAGGCAAUGGUGUUAGCACCCACCAUCGUUUUGGCUCGACAGCAUUAUAGUGUUAUUUCAGAGAGAUUUUCCAGAUACCCCAACAUUAGGGUUGGACUUAUGAGCAGAUUUCAGACUAGAUCAGAGAGAGAGGAGUAUUUUCAUUUGAUCCAAAAUGGCGAACUGGAUAUAAUAAUUGGAACUCAUUCGCUUCUUGGCAGCCGUGUUACAUAUGAUAACUUAGGGCUUUUAAUAGUUGAUGAAGAACAGAGGUUUGGUGUCAAACAGAAGGAGAUGAUUGCUUCAAUGAAAACCUCCGUUGAUGUUCUUACUCUUUCCGCGACACCUAUACCAAGAACCCUCUAUUUAGCAUUAACCGGAUUCCGUGAUUGCAGUUUAAUCUCAACAGCACCUCCUCAAAGAGUUCCUAUAAAAACAUAUCUUUCAGAGUAUGGUGAGGAAAAGGUUAUAUCAGCAAUCAAAUUUGAGCUGGAACGCGGAGGCCAGGUUUUUUAUGUUUUGCCACGUAUUCAAGGUCUCGAAGAGGUGAUGGCAUUUCUUGAGAAGUCUUUCCCGGAUGUUGAAAUUGCUCUUGCUCAUGGACAGCUAUAUUCAAAACGUUUAGAGAAAACCAUGUCAAGAUUUGUGGAAGGAGAAAUCAAGAUUCUAGUUUCCACUAAUAUUGUUGAAAGUGGGCUUGAUAUUCAAAAUGCUAACACCAUCAUAAUCCAGGACUUUCAGCAAUUUGGACUGGCACAACUUUAUCAGCUGCGUGGAAGGGUGGGAAGGUCAAGUAAAGAAGCUCAUGCCCAUCUGUUCUACCCCAAUAAGUUGUUACUUUCUCCAGAAGCAAAGAAAAGGCUCGCAGCUCUUGAGGAAUGUGGUGACCUUGGCCAGGGAUUGCAACUUGCAGAAAGGGACAUGACCAUAAGGGGUUUUGGUAAUAUAUUUGGUGUGCAACAAACAGGGGAUAUUGGCAACGUAGGAAUUGAUUUGUUUUUUGAAAUGCUUUUUGAGAGCUUAUCUAUGGUUGAUGUACAUCGAACUCGUCCAGUCCCUUAUAAAUCUGUCAAGCUUGAGUUGGAUAUAAAUCCUCGUCUCUCUUCUGAGUACAUAAAUUACUUGGACAAUCCAAUAGAAGUGGUUAAAGAUGCAGAGAAAGCUGCAGAUAAAGACAUGUGGAGUUUGGUGCAAUAUACAGUGGAUCUAAGGAGGCAGUAUGGAAAAGAACCUUACGCCAUGGAGGUUUUACUGAAGAAACUUUAUGUGAAGAGAAUGGCAGCAGAUAUAGGAAUUACUAGAAUCUAUGUUUCGGGAAAAACUGUGGUAAUGAUGACCAACAUGAGCCAACAGGUAUUCAAGAUGAUAAGAGAUGCCAUGAUGUCGGACACUCACCGCAAUAUGCUCGUUUUUGAAGGAGAGGAAAUCAAGGCAGAAUUACUUAUAGAUCUACCGAAGGAUCAACUUCUUACUUGGAUCUUCCAGUUGUUAGCUGAACUUCAUUCUGCACUACCUGCCCUUAUAAGAUACUAAAGAAAAGAGUUAAGGUAUCCUCCCCGGCAUCAAGCAAUAAAGAUGUAUUGUAUGUGAUGGAUAAGCAAACAGCUCGGUAUGAAACCUAACCAAAGUAAGCUAAGCUAACUGAAUCAAACCUAGCCUUUUCUAAUGCGUGGGUUAAAACCAAACCCAAACAUUGCAUAUGCUGAGACUGCACAUAUUGAUGAUUUAAGCCACUUUGAGUUGGUUUUUGCUUGUUUGAUGAAUCAUUGGUCCAUUCAGCCAUCGCAGGAACCUACAGAUGGGUCAAUGGGCGACCGUCCAACAUACCAUUAUAUGUGGAUGGGUGAGGCAUAUUCUAUGUAGAUGGUGGAGUAUUAUAAAUGAAUAUCUUUGUAACUAAUUAGCUCUAGUACUGGCUUAUUGUAAUUAUUAUCUGUAGAUUUAUAUAUAUUGAAGAAUUUUUAAGAGCA